AUGGCUCUGAAGACCGGUGGAAACACAUGUGUCAGUGGUACAGUCACUGAAAGUCAGCGCGUCCCCGGGGCUGCAGGCGACGGCGGCAGCUGGUCGUCGGUGGCCGGGUUGGCGUCCGGAGCGAGCGGAGGAGGAGAAGCAGGAGAAGGAGGGCGCUGGAGGCUGGACGCGUCUGCAAGCGGCGGCACGACGUGGAGUAGCCGGGCGGGUCGGCGCGCGCCGGCCGGGGUGUCGGCCACCGCGCGCAGCUCCGGGAGCAGGAUCGUCGCCGCCUCCGCCGCCGCCGCGGCCCGCGCAGGACCCGACCGAGUCCCGAGCGCCGUGCGGAGCGCACCCGCCUCCCCGCGGCGCUCUGACAAGUCCCAGUCCUGCGACUUUUCCCAUGGCUUGUACUUGCGGGUCUCAGAACGUCAGCCCGUGUAUCUAACCCCAGUCUUCCUGGCCACCUUUCUUUGGCUGCACCUUCUCGACUUCUUGUUCAAGAGCAGAGCAGAUGCGGGGGAUCCUGGCCAGCGGGAUGGUUUUAGUACCGUCAUGAGGGCCUUCCUCAACCGCGGUGAUAAAUGCAGACACCCCGCUUACUCCCCUCGGGAAGUAAAGCUUUCUACCUGGGGUGGAGCCAAGGAGAUAUUAGGAAAGAAAGUUGACUGUAAUUGGCCCACAGUGCUUGAGACCAAACAGAAAGUCGAGCAGAUGUCAAAGCCUUUGAUUUGUGAAUUAGUUCAUCCUGUGCAGCCUCACAAGACGGAUAACUCAUCUCUACAGCAAGCGGCCUCUUCUCUUUUGCCGUCGGGAAAAUCUAGCCACAUUGCAGCUGGCUUCUUCACCGCUGUCUGCCCAGUUGUUACAACACCCUCUGGCUCAGUGGGCAGCUUGUGUUCCAGACAUUCCCAGGUGCUCUGUGGGUACCUUGAUGCCAUCCCGCCCACUUUCUACAGACCUUACUUCAGAAUUGUCCGAUUUGACGUCUCAGCGAUGGAGAAGAAUGCAUCCAAUUUGGUGAAAGCGGAGUUCAGAGUCUUUCGUUUACAGAACCCGAAGGCCAGAGUGCCCGAACAAAGGAUCGAACUGUAUCAGAUUCUCAAAUCCAAAGACUUAACGUCUCCAACCCAGCGCUACAUUGACAGCAAAGUCGUGAAGACAAGGGCAGAAGGCGAAUGGCUUUCCUUCGAUGUAACUGACGCCGUUCACGAAUGGCUCCACCAUAAAGACAGAAACCUGGGAUUUAAAAUAAGCUUACACUGUCCCUGCUGCACCUUUGUGCCAUCUAAUAAUUACAUCAUUCCCAAUAAAAGUGAAGAGCUAGAAGCAAGAUUUGCAGGUAUUGAUGGCACCUCCACAUAUACCAGUGGUGAUCAGAAAACUAUAAAGUCCACUAGGAAAAAAAACAGUGGAAAGACCCCACACCUCCUGCUAAUGUUGUUGCCCUCCUACAGACUUGAGUCACAACAGUCCAACCGGCGGAAGAAGCGUGCUUUGGAUGCAGCCUAUUGUUUUAGAAAUGUGCAGGAUAAUUGCUGCCUACGUCCACUUUAUAUUGAUUUCAAGAGGGAUCUUGGGUGGAAAUGGAUUCAUGAACCUAAAGGGUACAAUGCCAACUUCUGUGCUGGAGCUUGCCCGUAUUUAUGGAGUUCAGACACUCAGCACAGUAGGGUUCUCAGUUUAUAUAACACCAUAAAUCCAGAAGCAUCUGCUUCUCCUUGCUGUGUGUCCCAGGAUUUAGAACCGCUAACCAUUCUCUACUAUAUCGGCAAAACACCCAAGAUUGAACAGCUUUCAAAUAUGAUUGUAAAGUCUUGCAAAUGCAGCUAA